ACUAACUAAAUAGCUAAAUAACUACUUAAUUUUUAAUUUUUAAUGCAAGGUCAUCAAAGAAAGUUUGGAUAGUCUCCAUCUUAAGAUAACUUAUCUAUGUUAGCAGGAUACAACAAUGGAUAGAAUUUUCAAUAAAGUUAAGGUAAUUCGAAUUAGAGGUUGCAAACACCUCCUCCUCCUAAUACUUAGAGUAAAAUGGCAACAACUAUUUAAGGAACAGGUGUUAAAAUGAUUAAUAAUUAAUUUGGUGUUUCAAUGAAGCUUCCUUAAUCAAACAAUGGCUCGUCUAACGGGGCAAGUAUUAAAAGUGUAGAAUUAAAUAAGAAAAUUAGAAAUGAAAAUGAAAAUUUGUAGGAGAAAAUAAAAGAAUUAGAAAUAAAAGGAAAGCAAUCGAAUUUCGAUUACACUAAAAAUCACAUUGAUGUUGGAAAUUAUAUAAUGAAUAAUUACUCUAAAUACAGAGAAUUAAUCACUGAAUUAGCAGAACUUAAAAACUAACACCUCGACGAAACAAAAAAAAAUAGAUUAUUAAGAGAAUAAAAUGAAUAAAUGAAAAGUAAGUAACGUGGAUACGCCUCACUUAAUCCUUAGGAAUAAUAAGAAUAAAACCGUUAGGUGGAGUUAAAUAGAUAAAUUGAAUAAGUUUAAAAGGAAAACUAACAAUUAUAGCAUGAUUUAAAAUCCUUGGAAAACGAAAUCAACAACAAUACAAGCACCAUUUAGUAAAAAGCAGAUAAGACCUUCUCAAGUUAAUAGGAAAAGUAGUAAUUAACAGACCAAUGUAACUAAAUUUAAUAAAAGAUUUCCAAACUCACAGAGUAAUUAGAAGAGGAAGAAAAACGUUAAAAAGAAUAUUCAGCUAAUUCAUAAAAGAAAAACUUUUUCUAAGAAUACGAUUAGAUGUGCAGACAAGUUGCAUAAUUAAGAUAACAAAAUUAAGAUCUUACAGAGAGUUUAAAGUAAAAAAUAAUAGAAAUUUGCAAACUGCAAGGAAAAGAACCACCAAACUUUAAUCAAGGUGUUUUUCCAAAUCAAUUUUAAAACUGA